AUGCUCUUCAACAUCCUCACCGGCUUCACCACUGUCGUUGCCAGCAACGCUCAGCACCUCCCCCGCGUCGACUCUGCACCUCUCUCGCAAGAGUUUGCACUGGAUGCCUAUCCUGCCGGCUCUUGGGGUGCCCACACCCUGGAGCACUCUGCGGCCCUCGCUGCCGCACCAGGCGCGCACCGCACCCUCUCGCGGGUCCUCCGUGACGUCGCGGUCCGGGAGAGCGACGCAUACCACCUCGCCUACGGCCUGGCGUCACUCAUGAACCGCUGGAACGACGGCGAGUUUGAACUCGACGACGCCUCGCCGCGCGCAGAGCUCCUCUCGAUCGACCUCCCAGCCAUCACCCCACACGGGAUGUACCCCAUGUCCCCGUUCCAGGAAGCGUACACUGCCUUGGUAAACGACGGCCGUCCCGGUAACACAUCCAGGCUUUCGCCAGUGUUGGAAGCCAAGAGUGACACUGCCCAAACUCCAGCCCACAGCCGCGGCGGUCCUGCUCGCCUUGACAUGGUCUACCCGGACCGCACGCUGGUCGCCCGCUGUGCAUGCGGCGUACACAGUGCCCCACUCGCAACUCUUUCAGUCGCGGCCUUGCCCGACAGGCGACUCACGCGACAGGCGCUCGGACGCUGGGCCAGUGCUGUACAGUGGCGCAACUUUGUCGCCGCGCUCGAAACUGUUCCAGCCCCCGCGAAACAUGACCCCCAAGUGCCCAACGGGGCAGUCAUCGAUUCCCAUGUGAAGUCGACGGACACGUCGCUUGACCAGGCGUGCAGCGCACCAACGUCCACAAGCACCAUCGAGGAAGACGGCCACAAGCAGCAGCGUUUUGAGCACCUCCUCGAUGCCUGGGCGCGCGUCCUGGCCGCCUCUGGCAUCACUGUCACCAACCUCGCUGGGAACGUUCCCACCGACGACCUCGCGCCACCCAAGCCGCACCUCAUGGCCCUCGCCCUCGCCGGCGGCACCCACACGGUCGACUUCGCCGCCUGCUACCCUCACGUCGACGAGCUUGCUUCCACUGCACGAGCCCUGCUUGCCGAGGACGAGUGUUCCGCUGCUUCGAACGCUCUCGCUCGCGCUCUGGGAUUCGCCGCGUCGUGCGCGCAGUCCGGUGGCGGGCCAUUUUCGCUCGCUGUAGUGGGGACCAAGCUCGCGCGCGUCGUGGCCGUCAGCCCCGACGUUCUUGCCGUCGAGCUCAUUCCCGACGACGAGGCAGAGCGCGAUGACGAGGUGGACAGCAUGGUCCAGUCCAGUACCGGGUCGGAUCUCACCGACGACCACGACGAAGACGACGACGACGACGAUUCCUCCGUCGCCCCGCCUUUGCCCUUGCCACAAGUGUUGGACGUCCACGCCCUCUUGUCCUCGCGCACCCUCUUCGCACGCCUCCCACACGACCUGUUCUACACCGACCCAGCCGACGGCGCGGCUUACGACCCGGCCUCCCUCCUCACAGACGAGUGCGGGCCUGCCGCUACCGAACCGCCUUGUAUGCUGGGCAGCGACUGUCCGAGGGCCGCCGCGCAGACGGCCGACCUGCACCUCCCAGCCGUGCAGAGGGUGUAUGACCUCUUCCGCGCCGCGAUCCUCGCACUGGGCUCGACGUCCAGGACGGCACACCUCCCUCCCCCGCAGUUCCCCGCUGGCCCCACUGCCGACACAGUGCUCGCCGUCGCUGGCGCUUCCCGCCGCGCCGAGGCUGAGAAGGCCGACCUCCGCCGAGGCCGGGCCCUCACGAUGGACAAGUUCCGCCGCUGGCUGGCCGGCGUGCGCGAGUCUCCCCCAGCGACGCGCGGCGCUGUCCCGCGCGCGCUCGAGGCGGCUGGCGUGCUCGUCCUGGGCGUCCACCCGGCGGCGAUGGACGCGCUCCUCCAAGGCCGCUAA